ACGCGUUUACGUUACAGACUUACAGUCAGUGACGCGUUCGAAAGCAGAACGGAACUAGCGCGUGCAAUAUUUACUGCCGCAGAGGAGUUCGCUGAGAAGUGGACAAACUAAUACCUCGUCUGUCUGCCGUGUGUGUGUCUGUGUCGCGUGAUCCUCAGAGUGUGUCAGCCGCCUGUCGUGUAACCGGCGUCCAGUUUCACUGCCCACCGAGUCACUCUCUUCUCUACUGUAAUCCCAGCCGAAGCGUCAUGUUUAGUACAAAAAAAAAAAUCAUGAAAUAUUUCGAGUCGCUUAGUUUACAGAGAACUGUAAAUUUCCCUCAAGCCGGAAGUGCAGAUUCGUUACCUUCAUGCCGAGGACAGGUAGUACUGUCCCUACUUCCGCUGUCUGAGCAGAAACCAUAGCAACGGCUUCAUUACAAACAAACAACCGACGGAGGUGCAAGAACGACAUUAAAACAGUUGUAUUGCAGGGAUGUUGUAAAUAUCGAUAUUCACAGAUCAAUAGAUGUGAUCGGUUAUCGAUUGAGGAAAGCGUGAAUGCGUAACCAUGCAGAGAGGCCACUCAGAGUCUCAAACGACAGAGAAACAGCAGUUGACAUACACCAGCCCUUCACCAGUUGGCUCGACUGGCGGUACAAGUGCUUUCAAGAGGCCCACGUCCGAGGCCACCGGGACCUGUGCUGAGCCGGACGAUGGCGAGAUCAGACGGACGGCCAAAGAGAAGGGCUGUGUCUCUGUGGUAUUCCCGGGCACAGUUACGCAGGACAGCUGCUACAAGUUUGUCUGUGAAAUUAUCAAAUGCGUCCUGUACCAGCGGCAGCAGCUGCCCAUGAUGUACGAUCAACUAGUUUUCUACCAAAGAAGGCAGCAGGCGGCCAGCCAGGUGGAGGACGUUGUGGUUCGGAGGCCAGCUAAGACAGACGGCUGGGAUUGGCGCAAGUGCCAGCGCACGCUGCAGGAGGUGGAGGAAUUGCUGCAACAGUUAGAGAACCUCUUCUCUCUUAGCCAGGUGCCCCGCGUGCUCCUCCUGCUAGGGGGCACCAUCACGCUGCCCAAGGAGCUGUACGAGGUGAACAUGGAGGCCCUGAUGGCGGGAGCGGGCGCUGGACGCAGCUUGCGCACCGCGCCCUGCCUGCGCCAGCUCUUCCGCACCCUCUUCGUGGCCGACAUCCUGUCGGAUGCCCGGCCUGUCCGUCUCAUGGCCACCACCGUCAUGGCGCUGGGCCACCGGGACUGCGGGGUGGGCUGGUUUCGGCCUAAGCUGAACUAUCGCGUGCCAACGCAGGUGAAGAGGCACGUCAUCUCCCUGUCCAGCGAACCCACGCUCUGUGGGCAUGGCCCAGUGAAGCCGGCAGACUGGGAGGACUAUGUGUGGUUCCAGGCACCUGUGACCGUCAAGGGUUUCUGCAAGUGAUGUGAAGGAACAGGAAUAACACUCAUUUUAAUUUUUUUUUUUUCUUUAAAAAGAAAUCUGCGCAGGGAUGUAAUUGGCGUGGAGACAGAUGGGCUGAAAACACCAAAGUGGUUCCACCGCCUUUCUCCUUGCACGAGGAGUGACAUCUGCUAUUUUUAAAUAGUGACAAACUGAGUGGCAUGAAUGGGUUUUGUCCGUAUGUGUCAUAGAUUUUAAAUGGUUUUUCUUGAUCUAAAAACCUGCAUUUAGUGGUGGUCAGCAUGUCUUGGAGAGCUUAGGUCGUGGCAAAAUGGAGCCUGCAGACUGCCUGAAUCCCAUUUCUCUCAGUAAGGACAUUUAAUCUCAGAAAAACCAGCAUCACCUCUGUACCCAGUAGGUCUAUUUUUUUUUUUUUUAAACAUCUAUAUUUUUACUGGGUAAUUUAGUUUUUUAAAUGGUAAAUAUAUUUAAAUUGUUUUAUUGUGUAGAAUUUACUGUGUUUUCACAGGUGGAAGCAACAUCGCAUUAUGCUUUUCUUAGCCUGUUUGUGGCAGCAGUGCGAUUAUUUUUAUACCUGACGGUCAGGGAUGAUGUCAUUUUGUCCUUAUCUGUCCUUUCCCCUGUUUUCACCACAUACAGAUUAAAAAAAGUCACUCAAAUCAUGCAGCCCUGCAUUUUGUACAUUCUCUGAGAGCACUGUUACUUUGGUGUAAUCAAAGAGUACGGCACCUUCUGCAGAAACUGAAAAACGCAUU